AUGAGUGAUAAAAUUCAAGAGAGGUUGGUAAACAUUGCUUCUGAAUUAGACGAACGAAUGGAGUCUCAAGAAGACCCAUUCUUGAUGUAUCUGUUGAAUAACAAGCAAGAUAAGAACAUCAGCUUUCUGAGGAGGUCCAAAUUGAAAGGUGAUGCCAUUGUGAACUCAGAGUUGCUUAAGAGUUGGCAAUUGAAAUUCAGUAAGCUAGAAUAUGCAUCGAAAUCGAAUAAGUAUAAGUAUUUGAACAAAUUGCAGAAAGAAUACAACAAAUUACAGGAGGAAUCCAAAAGACGUAGGCUGACAGUAGACUUCGACUCCAAUGAAGCUGUUGACACAGUGAGGGACAUUGCUGAAGACAAGAUAGAGAGUAUUGCUGAUGAAGGAGAUGGGUUUACCUCUAGCAUUGAACAAGAAGAUGAAGGACUUGUUCAGUUAAGGAAAAGGCUAUUGGGUGGGUUGAACGAUGGAGAUGGUACAAAUGCAGCAGAAAGCUACAACAAGACUGUUGAAAACCAAAUAGAAGAAAACGAAGGUUUGCAAAAUGGCUUGAUUGAAGACAUGACAAAAUUAGUCUCAAGCUUGAAAGAAGGUGCCACUGCAUUUCAAAAUGCUCUUGAUGAGGAUAAGAAUGUACUAGGUGCUGCCGAAAUUGGUAUGCAGGUGGCAUCAAAGAGUUUGACAAAUGUUAGCGGUAAAUUAAAAUCCUAUGAUAGAAAGAAAUUGGGCUAUUUAUUUUAUGUCUGUGUAUCAAUAUUCAUGGUACUGGGUCUAUUUACAACGUUUAUUAUUAUUAAACUAUUUCCUGCAUUAUAA